AUGUCUUCUAACAGAGCCCCUAAGCAGUGGUGCCUCUCAAAGAACGAAACUUUAACCUCCUUCGAGAGUUGGAAACAAAAUCAUCACUACACCUUGUCUCUGGACGCCAAUUUCGCGCCAUUUUUGGGCGAAGGGUCGUCGUGGCUGAAAAAGACUAGGGCGAGCCCGUUACGCGGUUACUCUGAUGAUGGGGAGUCGGUUCCAGCUGCUCGAGGACGAACUGCUACCAAAAAGUGGUGUAAAAAGUGUGGAGAUCUACAGAAAGAGAAAGAGGAUUUAUUAAAGGAAAUAGCUGAGGCUACAGAAAGGAAGGAUGCACAGAUAGAUAGCCUCAACAGAGAACUCUCUUUGUACAUUCAGAAAAUAUCUGACUUAAGUGAUGCCACUUUGCCUAAUUAUGGCAAGACAAUUGACAAGCUCGGUGAAAGGCAAAGGGCAAGAAGAAUAAAAGAAUUGAAAGGCAGAGCUGAUGUAGCAUUGUGGUUUCUUGAAAGUCACGGACUAACAUUGACUGGACUUAAAGUCAAAGAGACUGAUUCUGGCAAGACAUGUACAUUUGAAUAUGCAGAAGAAAAUAUCACUCAACAAGAUGAUGAAAAUUUGGAGCAGCUUUUGUUUUUAUUAGAUAAAUUCUGUGUGAGUGAUGAACUGUACCAUGAACUCACUAUCCUGUACAAGGAUUUGCCCAGGUCUUAUUUAAUCAAACAGAAGAGAUCUGGUCUUAACAAACUCUGCCACAUUGAAAAAGCCCCUGGCAUAUAUCCAGGAGCACAGAUAUCAUUUUUGGAUACACUCAAAGAACACAUAGGAGACUCUCAAAUCAAACCCUAACUACCCAAUGGAAGAGCCUAUGAAGGUCAAAAUUAGUGGGGAUGGAGCCAAGAUGUCCAGAACUACUAAUUUCAUGCUUUUGUCCUUUUCAUUAUUGCAAACUGGGGAGAAGGUGUUGUCUUCCAAAGGUAACAGAACAUUAUGUAUAGUCAAUGGACCAGAGAAGUGAUACUUUGAAAUCCUCGAUGGGAAAUGUCAUCAAAGAGAUAAACAGUGUCAUCAAAAAUGGUAAAAUAGAUGUUGACAGAAAAGUCAGUAUAGAGAUGUGUUUAGGGGAGGAUUACAAAUUUUUGCUUAUGACCAUGGGCCUCAGAGGGGCUACUUGUGAUUAUGCUUGCAUUUGGUGCAAGAUACACAAACUGCAACGAUGGGACAUGACCAAAGAUCUUGACUUUUAUAACACUGGAGACAUGAAGAGGACCCUACAGGAAAUCAAAGAUUUCCACAAAAGUGGCACCUAUGACUGGACCAGCUUAAUUGGUUAAGACAAGAAGAAACUUCUCCAUCUGCUUCCAACCCAGCUGGAAUCAAGGGAUAUCCUUUUCCCUGAGACAAAGGAAACAGUGAUAAAGAUUUGGAGGGACUUUGAAUCCCUUUAUCACCUGAUAAACUCAGACAGAAAGGAAAAUGAAAACCUGCCCCUUGAUGUCUUGCAAAAAUCAAAGGAAUUUGUCAAGCUCUUUUGCUCCUUUGGAGGAAGCAGAGUUGGGUACAACAAAGCAUGUGUAACCCCCUAAAUGCAUGCACUCUCAUACCAUGUGCCAAUUUUCAUUAGAGAUCACAACUCAUUCAAGCAAUUCACUGGACAGGGUGUGGAAAAAAACAACGAUGAUGCAAAAUGUUUUUUUUUUUCCAGAAGUCAAACAAAUGGGAUGCAGCUAGGGAUCUUCUACACUUAGAAGCAAGACAGCAGGCACUUGGUCACUGUGAAAGGGAGAAACGAAAUUAUGAAAAAAGAAAAAACUAAUACUGGGAUACUGGAAUUGUUGAGUCACGAAAAAGCAUGCGUUCCAGUGGUGGUGCAUGUGGAUCUCAAGGUGAAGAGUCUGCUGUCAAUGCUACAGAAGUGGGAACUACAAAGUAUGAAAAUAUGACAGUCAAACAACUUGUCCAAGAAAUCAAUUCACAAAAUUUGCAAGUGAAAGGGUUGUCAAAACUAAAGAAGAGCCAGCUUAUUGACAUUUUAAUGAACAGUGAGUGACUGUUUUAGCCACCUUCAGUAGUACAUGUGACUUAUUAAUAAUGAAGAAUUUUCUCUGUUGACAAAAUACAGGAAAUGG